UUUAUAAAGAACGCGAAAGGGAAAACAACCUAAACAAGUGAAUUUUUGUCAAAAUAUUCGAAUUCUUUCGGAAAUACAUUGUUAUUUAUAUGUUUAGGCUUUGUUUUGGCAAAAUUUGUGUUUGGCUAUGAAUGCACCAAUGAUUUGGGUGAUGGGUGGUCCGGGCAGCGGCAAAGGAACUCAGUCCCAGAAAAUUGAAAGAAAGUAUGGGUAUAAGCAUAUUGAUCCCAUUGCCUUAAUGGAACAGGAGAUCUCAUCGAAGACGGCUAUUGGCCUAAAGUUGGAGGAAUUCCAAUUAAAAGGAGAACCCGUACCCUUACAGGAACUGGUGCCACUGAUAGAGCACCAAUUGAUGACUCAUCGUGGUGGACUCAAGGGAUUCGUCAUUGAUGGGUACCCUGCCGAUUUGGAGGAGGCUGAAAUAUUAGAGGAUGGUUUCGGCUCGCCCGCUAUGAUCAUCGCCCUGGAGUUGGCCGAGGAAGCCGGAAGUCAACGAAGUUCUCUGGCAUCCGGUGGCGUCCAAGCACGACCCAGUUUAUCUAUGUAUAUAGACUCGUCCAAAGCGGUGAUGGAAAGAUAUGCACAUGUGACUCUGAAAGUCGAUGCCGACCAACAGCCCGAUAGUGUCUUUGAGGAAAUCCAGCUCAAUAUGGAUACGUUCGUCAAACCGCAUGGCCGAUUGCAUGUAUAACACGUCGAUAGGAAAGGAAACUAAAACUUGCAAUUGGAAAGGAUUGAGUUUUCAACUUGGUGAUAGAAAAUCUGGAUUGUACUACCGACUUGACCUUCAUUAUCUUGUUAUAUACGGAAUUAUGAAAAUACCUAGGAUUCUAUGGCCAGGAGUUCGCAUCGCUGCCACCUUCGAUAUUAUACUCAAAAUUUGAAUUGAAAAAGUUCGGGUUAUAUGUGGAACGGGCCAAAACAAAAGCACUGGUUGCCGGAAAGCUUUGCGGCAAAGCUCAUGUCUACGCGCAG